GGAUCAGAGAGCUGCUUGACACACACUCAUACCUAGCAAACAGCUAUAUACAACCAGGUGGAGAGCUCCAAUCCACCAGCAUAUCGUACUGAUCACUCUCUCCUAUAUCAUUCAGACUUUGUUCAAGUGAUCGGAACCUGAGCGGCGGCGGUGACGAUGAGCAGGAACAACGGCAAGGCGUCGAAGCUGGAGUUCCUGAGGCUGGGCCUGUCGAGGGCGAGGGGCGGCCCGGGCGGGGCGCCGUCGACCACGACGACGGCUCGCCCGGGCGGCGACAGCGGCAACGGCAGCGUGACGUCGCCGCGCCGGGUGUCGUCCUCGUCCUCGUCCACCGCGUCCCCGCCGAGCUCGUGCGUGUCGUCCGAGGGCAGCCCCGAAGCGGCCGCGGCCGCGCCUGGCGGCGGCGCGGCGCCCAUGGUCCUGGCCGGGUGCCCCCGGUGCAUGAUGUACGUGAUGCUGUCCCGGGAGGACCCCAGGUGCCCUCGGUGCCACAACGCCGUGCUGCUCGACUUCAACGACGGCGACCAGCGCCGUCCGCGGCAGCGCCGGUGA